AUGAAAUCAUCCAAGAAUCACUCCAAACGAAAGAAGAAAACUAACUCAAGCUCUUCUAGCAUCUCAAUAACCUCUCCGCUUGAAAAGAAAGCUAAGGAAAAGGAGUGCUCUGACGACGAGGUAUUCCAAGCCCUCGAUAUGGCCGGCCAUGUUGCUGCUAAGUUGGACGAUAUAACAUCAAAGUUAGACAGACUGAAGUCAAUAGAAGAAACUAUACACAACGUUGCUGGAUCAAUUAAAGCUCUCGAGCAAAAAAUAGAGAAAGUUGAAGAGAAUGUCAAAGAAAUAAAACAGGAGCAGCAGGUUAUGGACAAAAGUCUUGAAACGAUGAACAACGAAAUUCAACAGCUCAAAAACGACAGGAAAAGAGACGAAUUUGAAUAUUAUGGAUUCCAGGAAGAAACAAACUUUAGAGGCGAAUACUAUAAGCAGAUUCAUGGUACAGCAAUGGGAUCUCCUAUUUCUGUGACUGUUGCAAACCUCGUAAUGGAAAUAGUUGAGUCUAGAGCUUUGUCUACAUUUGUUUCAGCUCCAAAGGUCUUUAAAAGAUAUGUUGACGAUACCAUCUGCAUCAUACACAAGGACCAUUCCAUCGAUGACUUCCAUAAGUGUCUUAAUGACCAAUACAAGAAGAUCAAAUUCACAAUUGAGAGAUACUCAGACAAGGGGUUACCCUUUCUAGAUACUCUCAAUACGGUGAAUCAGGAUGUCUCUAUACAAGUGUCCAUGUACCGUAAAAAGACCCAUACGGACAGAUAUUUGCAUUUUGAUAGCCACCACCCGUCCAAGCACAAGGCUGCAGUGGUCCACACUCUCGCAUACAGGAAGGAAUCGCUGCUUUCUGACGAAACAUCAAAAAGAAAGGAACAAGAGCACCUUGAGAAGAGCUUGUUGAAGAAUGGUUAUCCUGAGAAGUUCAUUCAACGGCACAGUGUUAUUAGGAAGAAAGACAAUGGAGUUAAAGAGGGAAAGGAUGAGACGAAAGGAUUUGCUGUGUUGCCAUAUGUAAAAGGUACUACUGAAAGAGUUCAAAGAAUUUUACAGCAGCAUAACAUCAAAUGCUGUAUUAAACCAGAUAAGACUUUACGACAGAUCCUCUCCAAACCUAAAGAUCCGGUGGAGUAUGAAAAACAAUCUGGGGUUGUUUAUAGGAUUCCCUGUGACACAGUGCUUGUGCUGAGACUGGAUGUGGAUGAAACUGUGACAUUUGAAUCACUGAUGCGGUGCAUAGAGGAAUCCCCUAAGGAUUCGACGUCAUCAUCUUCUGAGCUUGAAGCUGUAAAAUCACAGAAUGUGAGUAGUGAAGAGCACGUGCUACUAGCGCAGCUUUACUUCCAGUUACAUGUAGAUUGUUCUGCUUGA